AUGAGAGGGGAAAUCCCUAAUCAGAUUCAGCCGGCUGUUCAAGAGAAGAAAAAAAUGUGGCGACCGCUCUCCAGAAAUUUCUAUGGGCGUCUCCGCGGUUCGUCUCGCAGCAUCGGAUUAGCUGAACAUCUUCCAAUCUCUCCUCCUUCUCUGGCUGCUUCUUCUCAGCGUCCGGUACUCGGUGGGCUGUUCUCGUCCAAAACGGCUCCUAGACUGGCGAAGCUUGCUAUCGAAAACGAUGAUGCUGGCAGUGAAGAUUGGUAUUAUGAGCUGAAAGACUUGAAGCAUAAGUACAUAGAAGGUGAAGAAAUGGACGCUCUUUUUGCGAUAAGAAAAAAUAUCCUGAAGAUGAGGUUGUCGGGGAAGGCUUCUGGCUUACUGCAACUACCAUCUGAUGCUGCAAAAGACCUUGGAUUUCUCAGACACCAUUCCAACUUUUUUGAAGAAAAGGGAAAAGUUUCGAAGAUGGGGAAGAUGGUGCCUCUCAGGUCUCUAUAUCGCGCAGCUUCUCGUAGAUCUUCGAUAGGCUUCGCAGAUGUUGCCGGCAACCAGCUCCUUCACCAUCAGUCAGCUCCUCGAUCCCUGUUCACUCUCUCUUCCGCCACCGCUUCUGCGGAUCGCAUCGCUUCCGGUUCUCGGUCUCCUUUGGCAAUCAAUAUUGGUAGCAAAAGAUCUUAUAGUGAGGAUGUGGCACACUUGCCCGAGAUUAAGGACCCUGAUGUCUUAUGUGCUUUCAAGGACUUGAUGGCUACAAGUUGGGAUGAACUUGAUGCGACAGUCAUCCAUGAUGUGAAGAAUGCUCUGUCGAAGAACACUGAUGACAAAUCCGGUCAAGAGAUAUUGAAGAAUAUUUUUCGGUCAUCUGAAGCUGUCGAAGAAUUCAGUGGCAUGGUCAUGUCUCUAAAGAUGGAGCUAGAUGACAGCAUUGGGAUGAGCGGCGAGGAUGUAAAACCGCUAACAGAUGAUUAUGCAAAGGCAAUCCGCAUGUUUUUUGAACGAUACUCUGCGUAUUUGGAGUCAUUUGGACCUGAUGAGGCUUAUCUGAGAAAGAAAGUAGAGAUGGAAUUGGGUUCAAAGAUGAUAUUUUUGAAGAUGAGAUGUGCCGGCCUCGGAUCAGAGUGGGGCAAGGUGACCCUGAUUGGUACUUCUGGACUUGCUGGAUCUUAUGUUGAACAAAGAGCUUAAAGUCCCGGAAUCUUUGAUUCGAUUUGGCUUAGUUGCGAAAGUUUUUCUAGCUUGGAAAAUGUGUUUGUCGAUGGUUUCUAUCAAGUUGCUGAUCUUGGAAACCUUUUAAAGUGGAGUUCGAUUGUAGUUCAAUAAAAGCUUAGGUCCUGUUUACUUUCAUUUCUGUUUCCUGUUUUUGAGAAAACAUAUGUUGAAAACAGGUGAAAACGACAUUUUUUCGUUUUCGAAAACAGCAGGAAGUUGCCACUUUCUGUUUUCAGAGUUGGAAACGAAUAGAAAACAGAAUGAAAAGUAAACAUGUUUUCUCGUUUCGUUUGUCAAAUUUAUGACAUGAAAACAGAAAACAGGAAACGAAAAUAGAAGUGAAUAGGGCCUCUAUUUCAAGAUUUGCAUUGAUGUAAUACUGUUCACGUCAUUUCAGUUCCAUUUAGCUGUAUUAUGGGUGAAAGGUUGGUAGUUGAAGUUGGCUAUGGUACUUUGGUGAGGCACACUGCCUAGCUAGCUGUGUAAAAUCUUGUAAGCAUGUUCAACUUUCUCCUAUGGGACAAAAAACCAGUGGUCACUGAGGUUAGAUCUGAGGCUCUUGUUUGGGAGCUCCCUGUAGUGGGGAGGGUUGGUUACUAGUUCUCUUUUUUUCCCCAUGUCUAGAAGAUGACUAGAAGAUGAAGUAAGGAAUUGUGGAUGUCAUAGAACCACAAACAAAACCACC